GUGUUGCUGCCUCUUGUCACAGAGAGAACGGUUCACUUAAAUGCAGCUGCAGUACUUCUGUGAGAUACCUGUCAGAGCCAUUCCCAGUGCGAGGUUGGGUUUGUGACCAUGAUGUCAAGAUUUGUCUGUCUUCUUUUCUGUGGAUAUAUUGCACUAAACCUGGGAAAUACUCAGAAAUUGCCAAGAGUGAAAAGGCAGAGUCUGAAGGUUCAGAUCAAUGCGACAGAUGACACUGUUUGCAUGAGGUAUCUUCGACCCAGUCAAAGCACCAAACUAGAAGGUUUUGUCCUGGGUUAUGGAAGCAACUUCUUUUCUAAUCAGUACAUUCCUUUACCUUCAGAAGGAAAAAACUAUGUAACAGAACUUGAUGCAGAACCACGGUAUUUGGUUUCAGUAAGACCAGCACGUGUUUCAAAUAACAAGAAAUCUUGUUCAGGUCGGAACAAGACACAGAAGCCUCUGCAGCUGGUGGUUGGCACUCUCACCCCAACCUCUGUGUUUCUCUCUUGGGGCAUCCUAGUCAAUCCUCAACAUGACUGGACAGCAACAAGUAACUGUGCUAGUGACAGGUUCUAUACAGUUCGCUACAGAGAAAAAGGUAAAGACAAGAAAUGGGUUUUUCAGCUCUGCCCAGCUACAGAGACAGUGAUUGACAAUCUGAAGCCAAACACACCUUAUGAAUUUGGAGUUAAAGACAAUGCAGAGGAUAGUAUUUGGAGCAAGACUUUGAAUCAUAAGACAGUUCUCUCUAGUAAAAAAGUAAAUGGACAACUCCAGAAUAUGUACAAGUUGGUACCCAAUUCCCAAACACAGAUUAUACUGAGUGAUAAUAAGAAAUUGGUCCCUGUCACAAUAAUCAAACAAAUUAUUCAAAAUCGGACACAGUCAAAAGCACCAGAUAGUUCUUCUCUCCCAGGAGCAAUAUUAGUGCACCUUAUUGUUCCAGGUCUCAAUGAAAGUCAGCAGAAACUUCCUCCUCUCCUGACAAUAGAUGACAUACCUCAAGCAUCCAGGAAAAAACUGGCUAAGAAUGAAACUGGAGUAUGGCCUGCUGAAUCCAAAACACCAGAAGUUCAAGAAAUCUCCCCGCAGUCCCUUCCAGCUCAGGCUGAGAAAACACAUGGACCUGAAGCUUUUAGAUCAACGCCUAAACCCAAAUUGGUGCAAACUCAAAACAUACUGGCUUCCAAAGAAAUACAGCUACUUCCUUCUGGAUCCAGAAUCCUUGAUGCUCCAAAAAGUCCAUUGACAGAACUUGCUACUCAGAGUCCAGCCUUGAAAUCCAUAUCUCUACCUUCUGCAGAAAAAAGAGAGAUGGAAAUGGCUUUUGAGGAAAAACGAACUGUUUCUUCGGGAUCCAAACUGUCCAGUACCAUGGAAGUGCAACCAACCCGACCCGCUUCACAUGACUUUCUUCAUGUUAUUUCUACUCCCCAGACUUUUACAUCUUCAGAAAUACCAGGCACUGAUUUAGGUGAAAGGAAGCCUCUUUCUUCAAGAGUCACAACAUUUGGUAUGCCAGAAGUGCCACCAAUCUCAGCUGCGACCGAGAGACCAGACCUGGAAUGGACCUCCUCUGCUUCACGGGAAACCACAAGGAUGGCUGCUCGAAGACCGAGGCCGAAGCCCACCACUCCUUCCUCCCUGGCAACUCAACAAACUAUGAUGGCCUCACAUGACUUUCUUCAUGUUACUUCUACUCCCCAAACUUCUACAUCUGGAAAAAUGUCAGAGCAAGAGACUGCUACCUGGGGAUCAGGCCUGAAAAUCACUUCUCAUUCCUCCAUGGAAACCAGAGGGAGCGUGAUGGCUUUUGAUGAAAAUCAGCGCAUUUCUUCAAGACCUGAAACAUCAGUCAUCCAAGAAAUACCAUCAGCUAUACCUGUUCUCCCGAGACCAGUUCUGGAGCCUACAUCUUUUCCUUUCCUGAAAACCACAAGGACAGUGAUGGCGACCGAGAGACCAGACCUGGAAUGGACCUCCUCUGCUUCACGGGAAACCACAAGGAUGGCUGCUCGAAGACCGAGGCCGAAGCCCACCACUCCUUCCUCCCUGGCAACUCAACAAACUAUGAUGGCUUCACUGGACUCUAAUCAUAUCAGUUUCCUGUCCCAAACUUCUGCAUCUGCAGAAAUAUCAAAAACAGAGACUGUUACAAGUUCAGCUGACCUGGAAAAGCCUAUGCCUCCACUUUCCAGAGCACCUCAUGUGCUAACAACAACUGCGGGUAAUAUUUUCAGUGGUAUUCAGCCUGUUCUUUCAAGUCCUGUGGCACCUAGUAAGCCUGAAAUAGCAGAAGCUGGACCAGCAGCAACAAGUGAAUCCAUUCUGGAAUCUUUCACACCUAAAACUUCCCGUCCUUUUCAAUGGCCAAGGGUAACAUUAGCUCCAAAAGAAAUACCACUUAUUCCUUCUAAACCGAAACCAUCUGCUACCCCAGAAGUACAACAUGUGAAACCUGCCCCUAAACCACCACUUUUGAAGCCUAAAACUUCUGAGACUGUUGAACAACCAAAAGCAACCCUAGCUCCUAAGGAAGCAAAACUCACUACUUCUGCAUCUAAACCUAGACCAUCUGCCAGACCCCAAAAGCCACGAACUAAACCUGCAACCAUUUCAGCGUCAGUCACUUCUAGGAGUCCCUAUACAUAUGAACGUCCAAAGACUGCAGAGGUCUUGGAACCUAUUACACUUAGAACUGAACCACCAAGGUCACCCAUUGCUCCGAAGGUGACUCAACGUGUUCCUUCUAAACCUAAAACUUCACCCAAACCUCACAUUCCACAAGCCAAAGAUGUCCUGGAAUCUAUAACACUUAGAACUGAUCAACUAAAACCAACAAUAGUUCCUAGAGGACCACAGUAUGUUCCUUCCAAACCUAGAACAUCACCAAGCCCAGAGGUGCCACGAACAAGACCUGCUUCCAAAGAUACAUAUCACAGGCCUUCCAAACCUAAAACAUCACCCAGUCCACGUGUUCCUCCAACUAGAGCAAGUCCUAAAGAAAGUCGACGAGUCCCUUCCAAGCCCAGGGCAUCACCAAGUCCAGAUGUACCACACAAAAAACCUGUUUUGGCAGGUGGUACAUUUACAGUUGAACAACAAAAAACAGCAGCAGCUCUUAAAGAACCACAACAUAUUCCUUUUAAACCUAGAGCAACUCCCAUCCCGGAUGCUCCAUACAGGAGACCUGAGAUUCUUCCAACCUUUGAUGAACGAGAUACUACUAUGAUUCCUCAUAUUCCUGAAAGAACAAAGGCAAUAUUUGCUCCAACUGAAAAACCGUUCAUUCAUACCAAACGAAAAACAACUGAAAGACCAAGAGUGCCCUACACCAAACCUGCAAUACAUCCGACAACUCCGCAACCAAUUAUUACAAAAUCUUCUACUACCACUGGUCAUUCAAGGGCAACAAUGGCUCCAAAAGAAACACUGCUCAUUCCUUCCAAAUCCAAAACAUCUGUUGGGCCAGAAGUACCACAAACUAAACCUGCUCCAAGGGCAACACACCUGGGAUCAAUUAACCUUGUAACAGUUCAUGUUGUUGAUGGGUCCAAAAUAACUUUGGUUCCCAAUGAAACAUACCACAUUUCACCCAGGCCCAAAAUUGGUCAAGCAACCGAAAUUCCUUGGUUCAAUACAGCACCUCAUAAAACUCGUCUCACUUCUGCAAGACCACAGCCUUCGGAUAAAUCACAGACCCGACCUGCUUUUAGUAAAACCACACUAGCACCAGUCAGAACAAGAGCACCUGGACUGCCAAAGUGGAUUGAGCCAACAACAGAUGACUUUUAUACACCUGAGGCUACUGCCAGACCAAUUGACAUGGAUGUCAAAAGACCUCCAGAAUAUGUUGACACCUGGCAAAAGCCAAUUUCUGUGACUAUACCACCUGGCCCUCAGCGCCCUCCUAUACCUCCUGCCAGACCUACACAAAUGAGAAGAAAACCUCUGCCUCCUAACACUGUGACUGGUAAACCAGGGAGUCCAGCUAAGCCUGCUGGACCAACAGCACCUGUGAGGACAGGAACAUUGUAUAAGACACCAACAGCUUUUGCAACUCCAGAGUAUUAUGUUGAUGCAACAGUCUUCAGCUCAAGUCCUACAUCAGAAACAGAUUCUUCAGGAAAACCAAGGUACCAAGCACCCCAUGUCAAGUACAUGAAGAAAGAUGAUGAUGUGCCUUGCUCCAUCACAAGCUCUCUUGAACAUUUUCCUCAAGAAGAAGUUGGCAGCAAGGAAGAACCCACUCGUCCUCCACAAAAUCCUCCAACCAACCUCACAGUGGUGACUGUAGAGGGCUGUCCAUCCUUUGUCAUAUUGGAUUGGGAAAAACCAGAUAAUGACACUGUUACUGAGUAUGAGGUUGUGUCAACUGAAAAUGGAGGAAGUGAUGGUGAAAAAGAGAAAUCAAUUAUCACUACAAAUCAAACCCAUUCUACUGUGGAAAACCUAAAACCUGAUACAAGUUAUGAAUUCCAUGUGAAACCUAGGAACCCCCUUGGCGAAGGUCCAAGUAGCAAUGUUGUGGCAUUCAGUACCGAAUCAGCGGACCCAAGAGUGAGUGAGCCAAUUUCAAUGGGGAAAGAUGCUAUCUGGACUGAAAUCCCAUUCAAUUCAGACACAUACUCAGAAUGCAAAGGCAAACAAUAUGUAAAGAGGACUUGGUAUAAGAAGUUUGUAGGUGUGCAGCUGUGCAAUUCUUUGAGAUACAAGAUAUACCUCAGUGAUUCACUUACAGGAAAAUUUUAUAACAUAGGAGACCAGCGGGGCCAUGGAGAAGAUCAUUGCCAAUUUGUAGACUCAUUCUUAGAUGGAAGGACAGGACAGCAGGAAGAUCUGCCAGUCAAAGAUGGGUUUUUCAGGGCAGUUCGUCAGGAACCUGUCAAAUUUGGGAAAAUAGGCGGGGAGACUCAGAUUAACUACGUGCGCUGGUACGAGUGCGGCACAUCGAUACCUGGCAAGUGGUAGAUGCCACACGAAGAGGGUGCAAAGGCCCAGCUGCCCAGCGCAGGCUGCAGGAAGGCAACGCUUACGGUGCACCCGGCACUGCGGUGCUGGCUGACGUGCGAGACGUAUACCAGUCUAAUGCCAAUACUGCAUUAAUUGUGUAAUAGUGUAGGCUGCUUACUGUAGUUAUCCAGUGUUACAAAUUUGUUUUUAGAAUUUAAAAAGAAACACAGGCUAGGGAUUUGUUGUAGGAUAAUGCAUAGGGAAGCUGGCUCCCUAUUCUUAAGGUAUGGUUUAUAUGGUAUUUUAAAAGAUACAGUGUGUAUGUUAUUUAUCAGGAUGUUGUAAUAAAUGUUUAAGGCACAGAUAUGCCAGAGUUGGUCAUGAAAUGCAAUGUGUGUUAGUUUUAAAUAUUCACUGGUCCUGUAAUGCAAGUGCCAUAAGCUACCCAUCCUAAUCCAUCUGUAAUAUCUCCCAGUCAUAAAUUAUAGAAAAGAUCCUAUAAUUUUUAAUAUCCUGCAGCCAGUAAAAUUGAAGCACUUUCUCCUUACAUGUACAAACAGUUUAUGCUCCUGCCAAAACGCCAAGGUAGGUUGCUGUGUGUGCAGCUUUAAAUGAUCAAGUUCAGUGGAGUUUUCUUCCAUGUUUGUUUUCAAAUGUUUCAGCCCCAGUCAAAGCCACAUUCAGCCUGUCACUAUGGAGUCACAGGCUGGCAGUGGCUGGCAGGGAGGGUUGGUGUUCUCUAACUGAAGUGGACAGGUACAUAUGUACAUGGAAUGACAAAACAAAGCUGGCCUGCACAGCUGGGGUUUUUCAGGAAAAUGUAGUUUUCAGAGCCUGACACUGGUUCAAAAGCCAAAUGUAUGUACCAUGCAAGGGGACUUGGAAAGACAAAUGAAAGAGGAAAAAGAAUAAACUAGUUAUAACAGCACGAUCAGGUUUAUUUUAGUUAAAAAGAAAAAUUCUAGUUUAAAACAGUUUUCAUUGGGGACAAAGGGUAAAUACUGAUAACUGAACUUUAAAACUGCUUUACAGUUAUUUUGAUUUAAACCUCUCCCAAAGCUAUUUGUUGUACUGCUUGAACAUUUAUGAACUAAAUAAAGAGAUGUAGGUUUUUUUAAAGGUGUUAUUCAUUACCUUACUAAUGUAUUGAAGAAAUAUGAACAGGAACUACCAGAUCUAUAUAGUAGUCAUUUAUAGAAAAUACCUUAUAAAGUACAUUGCAGGUACACUGUACUCCUAAUAAAAAUAUUUUUUAAUCAAGUGGUUUUUUUCAAGUGUUUUA